AUGGACCUUGGAGGUAGUAACGCCCAUGCCAGUGGUAAUGAGGGUGUUGGACCCUCAGCCGCUGCAAGUGGUGAUUCAGAUGCAAUGACAACUGCAAUAUCGAUUGAAGAUGUUCGUAGGGAGGUGAAAAUAUUAAAAGCUUUAUUAGGGCAUAAGAAUCUAGUCAAGUUUCACGAUGCAUGUGAGGAUGCCAAUAAUGUCUACAUAGUCAUGGAACUCUGUGAAGGUGAAGAAUUACUGGACAGAAUUUUAUCUAGAGGUGGAAGAUACAUAGAAGAAGAUGCUAAAGCUAUUGUUGUUCAAAUUUUGAAUGUGGUUGCCUUUUGUCAUCUUCAAGGUGUUGUGCAUCGCAAUCUAAAACCAGAGAAUUUUCUUUUUACCUCAAGAGAUAAGGAUGCUCCAAUGAAGCUAAUUGAUUUCGUCAAAGCAGACGGCUACUGCUCCUUCAACAUCUACGGCGCCGGCUGCUCCUCCGUCACCCUUUGCUGCUCCACCUACUCUGUCGGACAUGUUGACAUUAAGCCACCGCCCGUUGAAUUUUUUGCUCCCCCUUCCUCCAAUUACACUCUGUGGAGGUCUCGGAUGGAGGAUCUCCUUAAUUGUAAGGAUUUGGUAGACCCUUUGGAUUAUAAAGGUAUGAAACCAGAUUCCGUCAAAGAUGAUGAUUGGAGAAGAAUGAAUAGGAAAACCAUUGGUCAAAUCAGACAAUGGAUUGACCACAAAGUAUAUCAUCACGUCGCACAAGAGACUGAUGCUUAUAGUCUUUGGGAGAAGCUGGAAAACAUGUACCAGGCCAAGACUGCCUGCAACAAAGCCAUGUUAAUGAGACAGCUUAUGGAUCUUGGCGAUGAAGCAGAAGCAUUGCUGCUUCUUAGCUCCUUACUAGACAGCUGGGAGACAUUGGUUAUUACUCUCAGUAAUUCAGCUCCUGACGGCAAACUUACCAUGGCGAUGGUAAAAGAUGCCCUAUUCAACGAAGAGGCCAGGAGAAAAGAAGCAGGUGCAGAUCAGUCACAAGCCUUUGUUACUGAAACCAGAGGCUGA